AUGCAGCAUAAGAUUGUGAUGAAAGUACCGAUGAACUGCCGGAAAUGCCAAACAGAGGCGCUCAAAAUUGUUGCCGAAGAAAAUGGUGUGAGCUCUGUGGCGUUGGGAAAGGAGAAGGACAGCUUGGUGGUGAUUGGGGAGGGAGUAGACGCCGUCAAGUUGGCUAAGAGAUUGAGGAAGAAGUUCAAGACCGCUGACAUUGUCACCGUUGCAGAGGUUUGAUCAAUGGAUAGCUAGUGAAGUAGUGAUGGAAUGGACAAAGGUCCAUGCCAGCUUAAUAAAAUCACUCGCUAAUUUAUGGUUGAUUGAGUUUCAUGAUCGAUAAAGUUUUGCUCGGGUUAUUGUAUAAGUUUCGAGUCUGUCUUUAAUGACAUAUCAAUACUUGAUUUUUCUCU